GAUUACCAUGAAGCUCUGGAUAAUCGCAUUAAGUUUAAUGGGGGUUGCUUGUGAUGUGCUAUAUUCUGAACUAGCAUCCUCUUCAACUAUUGGCUCUUGCGAAAACUUGUGUUUUUGUGAAGAAAAAGACAGCAUCUUAAUCAUAAACUGUGAAGAAAGAGGCAUCAAAGAGAUAUCUCGAGUACAUGUUCCACCAUCCCGGCCUUUCCAACUUAGUCUUUUAAACAACAGUUUGACUAUGCUACAGGUCAAUGAUUUUGCCAGCUUUAUCAAUGCUGUCACAUUGCAUCUUGGAUUUAACUAUAUUGUGGACAUUGAACCAGGGGCAUUUAAUGGGCUAAGUCACCUUAAACAACUCCAUAUCAACCACAAUUAUCUAGAAAUACUUAAGGAAGACACUUUUCAUGGGCUAGAAAGCCUGGAAUUCCUUCAAGCAGACAACAAUUUCAUCACAAUAAUUGAAUCAAGUGCCUUCAGCAAGCUCAACAGGCUUAAGGUGCUUAUUUUAAAUGACAAUGCCAUUGAAUUUCUUCCUCCCAACGUCUUUCGCUUUGUUCCAUUAACUCACCUGGAUCUUCGAGGGAACCAACUGCAAACAUUACCUUAUGUUGGUUUUUUAGAACACAUUGGCCGAAUUCUAGACCUCCAGCUAGAAGACAACAAAUGGAUCUGUAAUUGUGACCUACUGGAGUUAAAGAGUUGGUUAGAAAACAUGCCUCCUCAGUCCAUAAUAGGGGAUGUUGUGUGCCACAACCCUCCCAUUUUGAAAGGUAACAUAUUAAGCAGAUUAAAAACAGAAUCACUCUGUCCAACUCCACCCCCAAAUGACCUUGAUUCUCCAUCAGGGUCAUUGCCUUUGGUGAUUACAACAUCAAUAAGCGAUAGUCAUUCCUCAACCAAAGUAAUACCUAUUUUUAAAACUCCCACGAAGGAAUCCAGUUUAACACCUCAUGUUACAAAACCAGCUACUCUGCUUCCUGGAGUAUAUUGUCCUAUACCUUGUCAGUGCACAAGCAAUAUCCUUUCAGGGAUAUUGAUGCAGUGUCAGGAACAAAAUAUCGAAAGCUUGUCAGAUUUAGGUUCUCCUCCUCCCAAUCCUAUAAAGUUGAUUCUUGCGGGAAAUAUAAUCCAAACAUUACUGAAAUCAGAUCUUGUGGGUUAUGACAGUCUAGAAAUGCUUCAUUUGGGAAACAAUCGUAUUGAAAUAUUAGAAGCAGGAUCCUUUAUAAAUCUCACUGAAUUGCAAAAAUUAUAUCUCAAUGGCAACCAUCUCACUAAACUAAGUCGGAAUUUGUUUUUAGGCCUGCAACGCCUUGAGUAUUUGUACCUUGAAUAUAAUGCCAUCAAGGAGAUUUUACCUGGUACUUUUAGUCCAAUGCCAAAACUUAAGGUCCUAUACCUAAAUAAUAAUCUCCUCCAAACUUUACCAUCUCAUAUCUUUUCUGGAGUUCCGCUAGCCAGGCUGAAUUUAAAAACCAACCAGUUUGCCCAAUUGCCCAUAAAAAAUGUCUUAGAUGAUCUAGAUCUACUGGUACAAAUUGAAUUGGAAGACAACCCCUGGGAUUGCACUUGUGAUUCUGUAGGGCUACAACAAUGGAUACAAAAACUGAAUAGGAAUACAAUGAUGGGAGAAAUUCUCUGUACUUCUCCAAGACAUCUAGCUAAAAAGGAACUGAAAUCUCUGAACAGUGAUAUGUUAUGUCCCACUUUAAUGAACAGUCCAGCUAUCCCAACUCAUCCUAGCUUUCUAAUCAUCACAACAUCACCAACUACCACCAGUACAGUAGACACUAUUCUGAAAUCGCUCACCGAUGCUAUCCCUCUCUCUGUUUUAAUCCUGGGGCUCUUGAUUGUGUUUAUAACAAUGAUUUUUUGUGCAGCUGGCAUUGUUGUUCUUGUUCUACAUCGGCGGAAGCGGCACAGAAAGAAACAAACGGAAGAGCAGGUACGGGACAACAAUCCAGUUCAGCUUCAAUACAGCAUGUAUGGUCAUAAAACCACACACCAUACCACCGAACGGCCAGCUUCAACUUUGUAUGAACAGCGCAUGGUCAGCCCCAUAGUCCAAGUUUAUCAAAGCCCACCUUUCAACUCCAAAUUUGCAGAUCAUCGAGAUGAAAGGAAUGAUAAGGAGGGGAAUGAUUCCAAACACCUUCGACGAAGUCUCUUAGAAAGGGAGCAUUCUUCUCCUCUCACUGGUGGUCCAAAUGUCAAGUACAAGGCUACAGACCAAUCAGCUGAUUUUCUCUCCUUCCAGGACGCAAGCUCGUUGUAUAGGAAUAUUCUUGAGAAGGAGCGAGAACUCCAACAAUUGGGGAUAACGGAAUACCUUCGGAAAAGCAUUGCUCAGCUACAUCCUGAGAUGGAAGUACAUUAUCCAAGAGCUCACGAAGAACUAAAGCUGAUGGAGACACUUAUGCUCUCCCGGCCGAGAAAGGUUUUACUAGAACAGACUAAAAAUGAAUAUUUUGAGCUCAAGGCCAACUUGCAUGCUGAACCUGACUACUUGGAGGUUUUGGAACAGCACACAUGAAACAAAACACCACCUUUGAAGGCUUUGAAUCAGAAACUCUUAGGUUUGUCUUACAUUUGGAACUUUGUAAAUAAAAGUGCCUUAUAAUAAUGUGUCACCAAUCAGAACUUUAAGCACAGCAGUAAUCUGAGUGAAAAGAAGCUCUCAGGGAUAACUGUGUGAAGCCAUGGGAAAGUUUUCAGGCUAUGUAUCUCUUACCCCCAUAUUAAAUGUGAACUCUGUGCAACUGGAUUCUGGGAAGAAAUUCAGUUUACUCGGCCAUAUUCCUCCAGGUGUGUAUUGCAGUCCCUAAAGUUUCUUUUU